CUCCCCUCCACACCCGCAUCAUCAACCGCGGGGCUUCCCCAGGCUGUUAACACCUCAUCAGCACAUGCAUGCAUUGGUUCCAGGCCCAGCUGACACCAACGCACGACCUGCACGAGGCAUGCGCCGCAGACGCUUCCCACCACGCCAGACACGCAGCGCGAGGUUGUCUGCAGGGCAACGAGCAAUUGCCAACCUCGGAACAACUGGCGGGAGUUUGAGUUGCGAGCGACCGACGACAUGACGCGCAUCUCGAACAUGACGUCGUCGUCGUCACCGUUGUCGCCGCCAAGGGCAUCCGAGUCGACUCUCCCGAAUUCGAAUCCAAAUUCGGAACAGCCGCCGCCGUCAUCGUCGCAGCCGAUAACAACCACGACAGCCGCUUCUUCCUUCUCCAUCAUCUCCCAUCCUCCUCGCCCCCCCUCUCCCGCCGGCAGCUUCUACGCCAUGAGCGACGACGAGGAAGGCGACUACGACACCAUCACCCAUACCGAGACCGGCCGCGGCGUCAAGCUGCUCUUUUCCAAGUCCAAGGUCUACGUCCACCCGACCCCUUCGGCGCGCGACAACAUCCCCGGCUACAUUGCCCUGCUGCAGCAGAAGCACCCUCCUUCCUCUCAUAUCUCGACGAGCUGCCGCACCAGCAACAACAACUAUAACGACAACAAUGACCGUCCCGCCAACACCAGCAGCAGGAGCGGCCAUCCCUCCUCCCGCGUCCACCCGGUUUCCUCCGACCUCCUCCUAGCCUGGGUCCCCGAGUCCCAGCUCGGCGACGCCGCGUCCAUCUACGUCAAGGUCGACCUCUGCGACACCGACUCGCCGCCCAAGCAGUCCUACCUCGUCCCGCCGCCGCCGACCGUCACCAGCCACCCGGCCACCGCCGGCGUCGGCCAUUACGCCUUCGCCGUGCCCCUCUCGGCCAUCUACUCGCUCCUCGUCCGCCCGCCCAGCGUCGGCUGGUGGUACGGCAGCGUCAUCAUCAACUCGCGCGCCGGCGACUCGUUCCCGCCCCUCUUCUUCCACGACAACGAGUGCCAGAGCACCAUGCUGCAGAAGCACCGCCGCGCCAGGGACUCCUUCGACCCCUUCGACGAGACCGGCGAGAUGUUCUGGGGCGGCGACGAAGUCCUGCGCUGGCUGAAGCGCUACGUCACCGUCGAGCGGAGCGCCGUCGAGCCCAACGUGUACCUGGUCGAGCCCAGCGAGGAGGACAGCCUCGCGUUCGGCGGCAAGAGCGGCGUCGGCGCCAACGUCAAGACCGCCGUCGGCGGUGGCGGCAGGGGCGUGGGUGUGCCGGGCGCUUCGAGGGCGGCGGCCUCCCGUACUGCUCCUUCUGCUGCUGCUGCUGGUGGUGGUGGCUCCGGGGGGGGUAGGGAUGGCGGGAUGGAUCCGUUCAUGAAGUUUGUCAAGGAGACCGGGUGGAACAUCAUGGAGAAGUUCAGCAGGGUGACCACCUUCACGCGCCAGGCCGCGCAGGACGUGCUGGACAACCCGCGCCUGCCGCCGCAGGUGCGGAGGCUGCUGCGGAACCCGGAGGUGCAGACGCUGCAGGAGGAGUUCGACAGCGCCCGCAUCUAUUUGGCGCGGUGGGCCAUGGGCAUCGCCGAGCAGAGCGAGCGCGACAGGAACCAGAGGAUAUGGACCGCCCGGGAGGUCAUGGAACUCGAGGACACGGACGUGGGCGAGUUCGAGCUGCUCGACAGCACCAGCAGCCUGACGCUCGAGCAGCUCCGGAAGCCCGUCACCCUCAAGGAGUGGAACUCGUUCUUCGACCCGCGGACGGGGCGCUUGUCCGUCACGGUGGACGAGGUCAAGGAGCGCGUCUUCCACGGCGGCCUCGACCCGGACGACGGCGUCCGCAAGGAGGCCUGGCUGUUCCUCCUCGGCGUGUACGAGUGGUACAGCACGGCCGACGAGCGCAAGGCCCUGGCCGCCUCCCUCCGAGACGCCUAUAUCAAGCUCAAGGGCGCCUGGUGGGAGCGUCAGAUCGACAGGGGCGGAGAGGGCGAAGAGGGCGAGUGGUGGCGGGAAGAGCGAGGACGCAUCGAGAAAGAUGUUCAUCGCACCGACCGCAACGUCCCCAUCUUCGCCGGCGAAGACAUCCCUCACCCGGACCCGGACUCUCCCUUUGCCAGCGUCGGCACCAACGUGCACAUGGAGCAGCUCAAAGACAUGCUCCUCACGUACAACGAGUACAACCGUGACCUGGGCUACGUCCAGGGCAUGUCGGACCUGCUCGCGCCCAUCUACGCGGUCCUCCAGGACGACGCGCUGGCCUUCUGGGCUUUCAAGUCCUUCAUGGACCGCAUGGAGCGCAACUUCUUGCGGGACCAGUCGGGGAUGCGCUCGCAGCUGCGCGCUCUAGACCACCUCGUCCAGUUCAUGGAUCCCAAGCUGUACGCCCACCUCGAGUCGGCCGACAGCACCAACUUCUUCUUCUUCUUCCGCAUGCUGCUCGUCUGGUACAAGCGCGAGUUCGACUGGCCCGACGUGCUGCAUCUCUGGGAGGUGCUCUGGACCGACUACCUGACCAGCAGCUUCCACCUGUUUGUGGCCCUCGCCAUCCUCGAGAAGCACAGGGACGUGAUCAUGACGCAUCUCAAGCACUUUGACGAGGUCCUGAAGUACGUCAACGAGCUCUCCAGCACGAUCGACCUCGACUCGACCCUCAUCCGCGCCGAGGCCCUCUUCAAGCGCUUCCGCCGGCUCGUGGACGCCGUCGACAAGAAGGGUAACUUCCCCGCGCCCAGGCAGCGGCCGGUCCUCGAGCAGGCUUCUUCGUCUGGGCCCGGUCCUGCUUCCGGCCAGGGAGCCCAAGCUGGUGCCAGUGGCGGCAGGGACACGAGCAGCAAGUCGCCCACCGCGCAACCGCAGCAGCAGCAGCAGCAGCAGCAAGAGCAGCAGAAGCAGCCGGAAAAGGUAAUCACACCCGAGCUGAGAAAGCUGUUGAGUCGGCAGGUCGAGGUGUUGCCGCGGAAGGACGCGGCAAAGAAGGGGGAUGGCAUAGCGGGGACUAAGGGAAGGUAAAUGUCCUGAGCGAGGGAUCUGCACAACCGCGAUGUCUCAUGUAUCUCUACACCAAUUAGGUUUUUUUUUUUUUUUUUUUUUGGGUGGUUUUUUAUGACUAAGGAAAGGG